AUGUUGAAGAUCAACGGCGAGCGCCUGUGGGCCAGCCUGAUGGCCAUGGCCGAGAUCGGCGCUACGGCACGCGGUGGCAGUUGCCGCCUGGCCUUGAGUGCCGAAGACAAAGCCGGUCGUGAACUGUUCAGCCACUGGUGCACAACCGCCGGGUUGACCCUGAGCGUCGACGCCAUCGGCAAUCUGUUUGCCCGGCGUGCCGGAACGGAUAAAGACGCGGCGCCGGUGAUGAUCGGCAGCCACCUCGACACGCAGCCCGAGGGUGGGCGCUUCGAUGGUGUCUACGGUGUGCUGGCUGGCCUGGAGGUGAUCCGCAGCCUCGACGACCAAGGGAUCCAGACCCGCAAACCCCUGGAAAUUGCCGUGUGGACCAACGAAGAGGGCGCCCGUUUCACCCCGGCCAUGCUGGGCUCCGCGGUGUUCACCGGCACCCUGGCGCUGGACAAGGCCCUGGCCACUGUCGAUGCCGCUGGCGUCAGUGUGGCCGAGGCAUUGCGCGUGACGGGCUACAACGGUUCACGCCCAUUGGGGGGGGCGGUGGAUGCGUAUUUCGAAGCGCACAUCGAGCAAGGACCGAUCCUUGAAGACAAUGCCAAGAGCAUCGGCGUGGUCACCGGUGGCCAGGCGAUUCGCUGGCUGGAUGUACGCGUCGAAGGCAUGGCGGCCCACGCCGGCACAACGCCGAUGCCGCUGCGUAAAGAUGCGUUGUAUGGCGCCGCGCAAAUGAUCCAGGCGCUGGAAACGCUGGCAGCGGACUUUGCCCCGGAAGGCCUGACCACCGUCGGCGAAUUGAGCAUCGCCAAAUCGUCGCGCAACACCAUUCCAGGGUUGCUGAGUUUCACCGUCGACCUGCGUCAUCAUCGCGACAGUGAGAUCGACGCCAUGGAGCGCCAGGUGCGCCAACAGGUGCAGGCCAUCGCCGAGCAACGCGGCCUGACCGUGACGGUGACCCCGCACUGGAUCAGCCCGGCGACGCCCUUCGACGCCGAGUGCGUCGCCUGCGUGCAAACCUCGGUGGACGCCCUGGGUUAUAGCCAGCAGCGCAUCGUCAGUGGCGCCGGCCAUGAUGCCAUCCACCUGGCGCGUUACUGCCCGACCGCGAUGAUCUUCAUCCCGUGCGUCGGCGGCCUUAGUCACAAUGAAGCCGAAGAUGUACUGCCCGAGGAUGUGCGCCAGGGCACCGACGUAUUGCUCAACGCCGUAUUGAAACGCGCCGGCCAGGCUCAGUAAGGAGACUUUUUGAUGCGAACGUUUUUCCACCCCGAACAACUCCUGCACCAUCCGCGCAGCUACUACUCCCGUGGCCAGAUGCGCACGCCACAGGAAGUCCCCGAGCGCGCCCGCAACCUGCUGCUGGCCGCGCAAACCCUGGGCUUCGAUAUCCAGCAACCCCAGGACCAUGGUCUCGAUCCACUGCUGGCCGUGCAUGGCGCGCCUUACCUGGCUUUCCUCCAGGAGGCCCACCAACGCUGGAAGGAAGUCCCCGAAGACUGGGGCGACGAAGUCAUGUCCAACAUCUUCGUGCGCGAGCCCAACGCCCUGCGCGGCAUCCUCGCCCAGGCCGCGCGGUACCUGGCGGACGGCAGUUGCCCCAUUGGAGAACUCACCUGGCGCUCGGCCUACUGGUCAGCCCAGAGCGCCGUUUCGGCUGCCAAGGACAUCCUCGAGGGUGCCCCGGCCGCUUAUGCGCUGUGUCGUCCACCCGGCCAUCACGCCCGCUUCGAUGCAGCGGGAGGUUUCUGCUACAUCAACAACGCAGCGGUGGCUGCCCAGGCCUUGCGCGAAGGCUUUCAGCGCGUCGCCGUGCUCGACACCGACAUGCACCACGGCCAGGGCAUCCAGGAAAUUUUCUAUGACCGCGAUGAUGUGCUGUACGUGUCGAUCCACGGUGACCCCACCAACUUCUACCCGGGUGUCGCUGGCUUUGCCGAAGAACGCGGCAGCGCGGCGGGUGAAGGCUUCAACCUCAACCUGCCCAUGCCCCACGGUGCCAGCGAGGCGGUAUUCUUCGAAAAACUGCAACUGGCCCUGGCGGCGGUGAAGGACUUCUCGGCGGACGUACUGGUGCUGUCGCUGGGGUUUGAUAUCUACGAACUGGACCCACAGAGCAAAGUCGCGGUCACCCGCGAAGGGUUUGCGCGGUUGGGCGAAAGCAUUCGCGGGCUGGGACUGCCCUGUGUGGUCGUGCAGGAGGGCGGGUAUCACCUGGAGACGCUGGACAGUAAUGCGCGGGCGUUUUUCAGUGGGCCGCAGGCCUGGGUGUAG